AAGGAUAAAUGGGUAGCGAAGGAAAACCACAUCUUCAUUUUAGAGAAAUACAGCACAACGAAAGAAGACUAGGACAGAGGGACGAAUGGAAGGGGUCAGAGAACAGGGCAUCAGCAUGCAUAUUGCUAGCACAUCUCCCUCUGUUGAUACGGCAUGACAUCGACCAUAGAGAUAGAAAAAAAUAGCCUUGCACCCCGGACCUACCACAGUCGUCGCAACACGCAGCAGAGAUGCAUAUUGGCAGGACAGGAAAGGACAAACAGCAUGCACCUCCAAUUCAUGUUAGUCUAUGAACAAAAACAACAAAACAACAAACAGAGUGCAAAAGAUGGACUGGGGGUGUGUACAAUAUGUCUGGAUGCUUGGGCCACAGGCGGAGUGUGCGACCGCAAAAACCUUGAGUCUUUCGUUCAUAUAAGGACGCACGCUCCCCAAUCGUCGGGGAAAACUCUCGUUGAACUAAUGACACUGACCACUGCCCCUUCUCCAUCAUCACUUCUUUGCCUGUUGCUGUAUGGACAGAUAUCAUCCUCAAUCCUCCUCCUCAUCAUCGUCAUCAUCAUCAACUGCAUCCUCAGUCUCAUCCAGUACCCCUCCUUGCAGCACACUCUGUCUCUAUUGACAAAAGCACAAGGCACCUCACACACUGACCUUGACAACUACACCGUCUUGCCCCAACUCGAUUUCUUACCCCUUCCUUCCACCCACCAGAUCAUAAUAACAUGCUUAUUCCUCGGCACUGCCGGCAGAGCUCCGACGACCUCAUCACUUGCGAAUGGGUAAGUGGCAUCGCAACUCGCAUGCAAUUCACAUUCUUCAGGAAUCGACUGCUCGAACAGGAAUGAGAGAAUCGCACACUCAAACCUCCCAGGACGAAGAGAAGAAUGAAAUCCUUGUAAUAUUAUUAUAUA